CCCAGCUGCAGCCUCUCUCUAAAGACAGAUUCACGGAGGUUUUCUCCACAACAGCCAAGAUGUCUGCUGCCAGCUGUCUGCUGACUAAAGAUCAGUUCUUUUGCUCCAUCUGUCUUGAUGUCUUCACUGAUCCUGUCAGUACGCCAUGUGGACACAACUUCUGUAAUUCCUGCAUCACUAAUCACUGGGAUGUAAAUUUCCCAUAUAGAUGCCCAGUCUGUCUCCAAGUUUUCAACUCAAGGCCAGAGCUGAAGAUCAACACCUUCAUUGCUGAGAUAGUCGCUCAGUUCAGACAGUCAGCUCAGCAGGAAGCCAGCAGCUGCAGCAUCGUAGAGCAACAAGUUUCCAAACCAGGAGAAGUUCCCUGUGACGUCUGCACUGGAACCAAACUGAAGGCCCUGAAGUCCUGCCUGGUGUGUCUGGUCUCUUACUGUGAGACUCACCUGCAGCCUCACCUGACAGCUUCACGUCUGAAGAAGCAUCAGCUGAUGGACCCUGUGGAGAACCUGGAAGGCAGGAUGUGUGAGAAGCACGACAAACUGCUGGAGCUGUUCUGUAAGAACGACCAGAUGCUACUUUGUAUGAUGUGCUCAGUUACAGACCACAAGACUCAUGAUGUUGUUCCCCUGAAAGAAGAAUUUGAAGAAAAGAAGGCCGAGCUGGGGACAACUGAUGGUGAAAUGAAGCUGAUGAUCCAGAGGAGACGGAUGAAAAUUAAGGAGAUCCAACACUCAGUGACGCUCAGUAAGAAAGAUGCAGACAGAGAGGCAGCAGAAGGGUUUCAGGUCUUUGCUGCACUGAGAAAAUCUCUCGAGAACAGCCAGACUCAGCUCACACACACGAUUAAAGAGAGACAGAGAAAGAUGGAGAAACAGGCUGAAGGCUUCAUCAGAGAGCUGGAACAGGAAAUCUCUGAGCUGGAGAAGAGAAGCGCUGAGGUGGAGCAGCUCUCAUGCUCUGAAGACCACCUCCAACUCCUCCAGAACUUCACGUCUCUGAACGCUGCUCCACCCACCAAGGACUGGUCAAAAGUUGACAUCCAGCGACCUUCGUACUCGGGGGAUGUGGUGAGAGCUGUGAAGCAGCUGGAGGAGACGAUCGGUGAACUGGUGAAGAAGGCAGAGCUGAGGAUGGUCCAGCAGUUUGCUGUGGAGCUGACGCUGGAUCCUGAUACACCGCAUCCUGAACUCGUCCUGUCAGCUGAUGGAAAACGAGUUCAUCAUGAAGACCUAAAGAAGAACCUUCCAGAAAAUCCAGAGAGAUUUGAUGCUUGUCCCUGUGUCUUAGCAAUGCCAAGUUUCUCUUCAGGCAGAUUUUACUACGAGGUUCAGGUUAAAGGGAAGACUGACUGGGAUUUAGGAGUGGCCAGAGAGUCGAUGAAGAGGAAGGGGAACAUCAUACUGAAUCCUCAGAACGGUUUCUGGACCGUCAGUUUAAGAAGUGAGAAUAAAUACAAAGCUCUCUGUGGUCCUCCAGUCCCUCUCUCUCUGAAGUCCCGUCCUGAGAAGGUGGGGGUUUUUGUGGAUUAUGAGGAGGGUCUGGUCUCCUUUUAUGACGUUGAUGCUGCAGCUCUGAUCUACUCCUUUACUGGCUGCUCCUUCACUGAGAAACUCUACCCGUACUUCAGUCCUGAUCUCAAUCACGGUGGUAAAAACUCUGCCCCUCUGAUCAUCAAUCAGUUACCCCUAAAGCCUAUCUCAUUAGAGGUCAAUGUGAGUGGAGGCCAGACCCAACCAGUGGGGAGGGUAUCACAGGUAGCACGUUUUAUUGGGUUUGCUAAACCAAGCAAAGCCCGAAGACCUCUCACUCAACCUCUCCAUCGUUAAGUCGAGCAGUAGAAUGGCUGGUGGGUAAAGAGGAAAUCUAGGAGCACUAAUUUAACAGUGUAGUAAAUUCUUAACAUCAAGGAAAAUAAUGCAUAAAAAUCAAAGUUAUUACCGUAAUCAAGGUCAUAAUAAUUUGCUUCUAGAAAAUCUAUCUUCACAUGGAGUAAAAGAGAAAUGUUUCAUUUUUUGUGUCAAAACCUGAAGACUUCCUUUAACAUCCUAACACAUUUGUCUUGAAGGACAGAAGAAUGUCAGCUUCCUAAAAUCAACUUUAAAAAUAUAUAUUUUUCCACUUUAAAUGAGCCACUCUUUUAAAACUACUUCAGCCCGAAUAUGCAUAUUAGAUGUUAAUUAUAUUUUUUGUUUUUAACCCUUUAAAGGUCAGUAUGUUACAAAACACAUUUCUUUAAUAAAAAAACAAAACAAAACAUUAUUUCCAUAAAAUAAAUUCCUAGAAGUAUUUGAUUAUGAUUAUUAGGUUCUGAGAUGGGUCAGUGAUUGGCAGCAACACUGAUUUAGAUGCAUUGUUAUUUUUUCAAUAGAAUUUCAAUAGAAAUGGAAUUUUAUAUAUAUAUAUAUAUAUAUACAUAUGUAUAUAUAUAUAUAUAUAUAUAUGUAAAAUUCCAUGAAAUGUACUUAAAGGAGGAGCGCCCGGGAUGACAGUUUUUAAUAGAGCAGAAUAAAAAUGUGACAUUUUAUGGCAUUUCUUUGAUAGGAAAAAGUAGCGCCACCUGGUGGACAAUUAUAAAAAUUUAAAACGGAAAGCCUGUAGUCCUAAAUGAAAUCUUAACAUAAAGGAAUGCUUAGGUUUAUGUUGAGAUAAAUGUGGGAUCAAAAAUGUCAUUUUCAAGGGGACAUUUUUUGUCCUUAGGAACAAAUGUGGCGGUUUUUGUGUACAUGACGGGAGUGUAUGGGGUAUAGAAGGAGGAGACCAUGGACUGUUUCCAGCAUUUAUUUGCUCCUGCAGAAGACAAUGAAAACACUUAAAUUGCCUUCUGGGAUCUGGUUUCUGCACCUCUGCUCCCUCAGCACAGCAUAAGAGCUCUGUGCAGUGCUCAAUUUACAUUUUACAUACAUACAACCAUAUUGAAAUCACAUUUCUGCUUAUAUUAAACUCUGUGAACACAUUAAUAAUCAAGAGCUGCUAAAUUAGGCUGAAAAACAUCUGUUUUCUAUCAAAUUUAACAGUACUUUCCUCUUAAACAAUGAGAAACAGCACAAGAAACUAUCAAACAGUGACACCUAGUGGCCAAAAUAAAUAAGCACACAUGGCCAUUCUGUGAACGGGAACUCAGAACAUUUAUGACAUUUCUCAAAGAAAACGUACCUGCAGACGACAAUGAAAACACUUUAAAUUGCCCUCUGGUAUCUGGACCUCUGUUCCUAAACAUACAAGAUGAUAAAGUUUACACUUUCAAAUUGCUGCAAAUGCUACACUAAUCACAUAGCAAUGUUGGACACGGCCUGUUUCUAUGGCGCCAAAAACCCUACGUUAAAAUAGCUUUUAAAGUCAUAUUUUGCCAUCAAAAACAAAUCCACUUGACUGGUGAGGGUCAUAAAAUGAACAUGAAACAAUAUACUCUUAAAAAUUCAAUCGAAAUAGCGUAUUUUUCACCGUUAACAACAUAAUAGCACCGCAGCAUUUUCCCACACAACUUAUCCUCAGCACAGCAUAUCAGCUCUGUGAGGGAACAGCUACGGUAUGCCAGGAGGUACAGAAGCCACAAAAGGCAAAAAGAGUUAGUUCCAAAAGAAACAUUAAUUUGAAAAUAACAGUCUAUAAAAAUGACUCUAAAGUUAAAAUUCACUAAUACUUAACAGAAUGAAAUAAAAUAAAUGAUAAAAUUCUAAAAUAUUUCUGUAACCAAAGGUACAUAGUUAUGUGCAUUUUAACUCUGUUACAUGAAGACUAGCCUUUUUAGGCUAAUUUAAGGAAAUGAAAUGACAGCAUGACGGUUCUAAAAAUUUUAAAUUUUUAUUUGAGCUGCGUUCAUUUAACACAGCCAAAAUGACUUGAAAAUGGGUGAGAAAGCAAACAACUAUUUUUAUCCUAGUUUAUCACCAAAAAAUACAUUUCAUUUUCUGGAAGUUGCAUUUUAACACAUUAAGUGUCUUUUUUUUUCAACCGGCUUUAAAAUGCAAAGAUGUGUCGCCUGGUUUAGUUAUCUAACUGGCUUUUAUCCUGCUGGUUUCAACAUUGGAUUUAUACUUGGAAUUAUUUAGACUUAUUACGGAGUUUUGGGAUCUUACCACAGCCGCUUUGAUCAGAGGAGACUGACUGACAAGCAGCAGCAGUUAGAGUUUUUGUUUUUUGGUUAAGUGUGACACAGGAGGAAUUAUAUCCACCAAUCACAUAUUUCUAACUAAAUCAGCUGAGGAUUAUUGGUUGCCAAUCAACCUAAGCAUCUCUAGAUUUAACCAACAUUAAUAAAUGUGUAUUCUUUCUUUUUCUGUUUUAUUUUCAAUGUCAUUCACUUUUACUACUGUACAAAAAAAUUAAACAGCACUGCUUUAUUCUGAAGGAAUUUGAGAUCUGCUCACAAAGAAAAGAAGCAUUUGAAUGUUUGAAUUAAACCUUCACUAAAUAGAUAAAUGUAUAAUAAAUGUUUAUGUGUGUUUGAUAUGAGCAAAA